AUGGCUAAGGCAGAUACCAAUGGCAAAGAUCGUAGAUGGUCUCUUCAUGGAAUGACUGCUCUUGUUACUGGAGGAACGAAAGGGCUCGGGCAUGCUAUUGUGGAGGAAUUGGCAGGGCUAGGUGCAAUUGUGCAUACUUGUUCUCGAAAUGAAGGCCAGCUCAAUGACUGCUUGAGUCAAUGGAAGAUGAAGGGUUUUCAUCAAAUCACUGGUUCAGUAUGUGAUCUGGUGUCAAGAACCCAACGGCAUGAGCUAAUAAACGAAGUCUCAUCACAGUUCAACGGGAAACUUAACAUCCUUAUAAAUAAUGUGGGAACUGCUGAAGUAAAACCAACAAUCGAGAGCACAGCUGAAGAUUACUCAUUUAUUAUGAGCACCAAUCUUGAAUCAGCUUACAAUUUGUCCCAACUUGCACAUCCUCUUUUGAAAGCUUCAGGAGCUGGUAACAUUGUUUUUAUGUCUUCUGUUGCUGGCGUUGUAUCAAUUGGGGAGGUUGGAAGUAUAUAUGCUGCCACUAAAGGAGCAAUAAAUCAAUUGGCAAAAUCUUUGGCUUGUGAGUGGGGAAAAGAUAACAUAAGGAUCAACAGUGUUGCACCUUGGUUCAUCAGAACUCUCACAGCUGAACCUUAUCUCAGUGACGAAAAAUAUUUGAAGGCUAUUAACUCCCGAACCCCGUUAGGACGGCCGGGAGAGCCGGAAGAGGUGGCAGCCUUGGUGUCAUUUCUAUGCCUCCCUGCAGCUUCUUACACAACUGGGCAGACUAUUUGCAUCGACGGAGGUUUGACUGUCAAUGGCCUCCUCUUCCAAGGAGCAUGA